AAAGCAGGACCUCACUCACACACGAAAUAGGGAGGUGCAAAACCUGGGCGAUAGCGACAGCCAGACGCGCGCCAACCUUUUAUGGGCCUUUGGGAGUUACGUUGGACACCAAGAUGGCCAUGUCCUAGAACAUCGGUGGCACUGGCUCUUUGAUGUCUACACAGCGUUGGUAAUCGAGAACCCCUCUAGCCCUCUCGAUGUGGUUCACUCAAUUUGGGCAGCCGCAAAGAUGAAAAUCCUUGACAAAAGGCGUUUUGAACAGUGGAUUUCGAUGAAUUAUAUUCCGCGAAAGUCGCUCUCCUGUAGGGAAGCGAUAUGCUUGAUCCAGAGUUUUGCAGUGUUAAACUUUCAGCCUCAAAUUCCUGGAGUGAAAAUGGGCGAGAACUACACCGAGAAAGCCAGGCGGUGUGGAAAAGAUGGUUUAGUUCUCUCUAUGUUGGACUACUUCUGUCGGGAUUCAAAAGCUGUUCAUCAGGGUUUGUUGAAAGACGAAGCGGGUCUGUCCAGUGUCUCACAAAUUUCACUAUUUUGGGCAGCUGCUGUGUUUGAUGAUGUGAAAUCGGCUUUGCGAUUGUUGCCGACGCUAGUGGAUGUCGGAACUAAGCAUCCUACAUCAUGCAACAUAACCCAGUCCGAAAAACGUGCCUUAUAUGCUGCUCUUUUGUGGCUUGGAAAGCAGGAGAGAAGGUUUCCUGAAAACCGCCUUUGUGGCUCGGCAGAAGAAAAUAUAACCAAAAUGAUAAAAUCCUUCAUAGCCCAAAACACUCCUGUACCGAUCAAGCCCGUGAUAUCUGCGAUGCAUACUGAGGUUAAGGAUUUGCUCCAGGAAAUCUUAGGGGCGGAAGACAAGGGGAAAAGACAAGAAACAGAAAGUUUCGACAUAUUUGAGGAGUAUCAGCAUCCAGAUAUCCUAUGGACCAAAAUUGACCUCGCUAUUCCAGCACGGAAACUUGCUGUUGAGAUCAACGGACCUGCGCAUUACUUGUUGGAAAUCGAUGUUCCAGAAGGUGGUGAAGAAUGCUCACAGAGCGAUGCAACAGUAAGUGGAUCUCUUGAAGGCGCUGCCGGAUCAUCGUCGUCUUACAUAACUACCUGGGGUGCGUUGCGGUCGAUGGCAUACAAUAAAGAUAAGGGAGAAAGUUCCUUAAGUUCCCCAUCCGACGAUGCACUUUCCAACCGUCUUGUGACUCUCAAUAGUGGUACAGGCAGUGCUGUAUUCCGAACGCGUAGUUUAGAAGAUUUCGGUUGGACAGUUGUAGACAUGUCCUUCCUUGAAUGGCGUGAGUUGAAAACCCAGGAUGAAAAGCGUGAUUUGUUAUUGAAAAAAUUGCGUGCGGCAGCGAUGAGAUGAGCAAAGAGACUGCAUCAGGCAAUAUAAGCCCUUGUUACUGGUAAGUUGUAGGCAAGUUGCAUGAGGAUCAGUAUGCGAGCAGGCCUUUAUUCAUUACUGAUCGAUGCGGAUGUCACAUUGUAAUUGCCUUCACACACACGACCUAAUGAUAUCGAUAUGCUCCCCUCGAAGGUGGAUUGACUCUUUCCUGAACCAAUGAAAAUCUUUGUUAUCAUGUCAAGUAUUGGCCACGCAGGGAAAGUUUGAUGGAAGAAAAGGAUAGAGCC